GUCUUAUUUAGCACGCGUUUCAAAUAUACUGAAAGGCUGCAUACAUUACACAAUGGGAAAUAGUCAACGUUGUGAUCAGUGCUGUUAAAUCGAUGAUUAUUUAGGAAAGAAGUCAAGAUAAGGUGAAGUCCAUCAGGAUGGUGGGCUGUCGGGAAGUUCCUCCUGCCCACAUUAUGGCCCCUGACAACAUUGAGUUGCGCAAUUCUACUGUGGAUAAAACUAGAAUUGGGGCAUUCAGUAGACAGCUAAUACCUAAAGGACUGGAGUUUGGUCCAUUUGAAGGCAGGAUAGUACAUGAUAAAGAUGACCCCUCUGUGAAUCAGAAAUAUUCUUGGGAGGUGUUUGAUUUGAAGACCCUUAAAUACCUGCAUACCGUGGAUGCAACCAACCCUGCAGACGGUAACUGGAUGCGCUACGUGUGCUGUGCUCGAUACUUUGAGGAGCAAAAUAUAGUGUCAACUCAGAACAAGAACCACGUCUACUAUAAGGCUUUAAAGGAUAUCACAGAAGGGGAGGAACUACUCACAUGGUUUCAAGCAAAGAAAAAACGCAGAAAAAGAAGCUCAGCCUCCAGACUGUCCUUAGAUGCCCAGGAUGCUCCUGAUACCUCACAUAGUGCUGAACAGACAGACUCUCCACCGGCCAGUCCUAGCAAGCAGAAACGCAAACGUAAGCCAAAAAUCAUACCCGAUUCAUAUGAUGGACCUUUAGACUUUGAGUUACAUCAGAGCAGAAUGAAGAAAUCUGCCAGUGAUGAGUUUGAGCCAUUGCAGCCGGGGCAGAAACGUAGACGACGCAAGAAAACAGUUGAUGCAUCUGACUCUGCAGCUACAUCGAAUGCUGCCAGUCCAUUGAGAGAAUCCACUUCUCCGGGCUUGGAAUUCUUCAGCGAAAAUGGGAACUCAUUGUGUUCAAUUAAGACAGAGAAUAACGAUGAUGUGGAUUCAAUGCAUUCUCUUGAUACAGGCAAAGGCAGGAAAAGCCAGUCAAUCGCCAAAAUAAAUGAAGGUGUAGAUUGGGACUAUCCAAAAUCUGGUUGCGAGUACACUUUUGAUCUCAUGAGUUGUCAUGUGGUGAAUCAAGCUGGAAAGAAAGUGUACAAGUGUGACAUCUGUAUGGGGAUAUACAAGCACAUGUUCAGCUUGAAGAGGCACUACCUACGUAAUCACGUGAACUAUGAGUACCUAUCAAAGGCCGAUAUAACGAAUUGUCUUAUUAACCUUGCGCAGGUGAAGCAUUAUAUGAGUUCUAAAUCUGGCUGGAAGUCAGUGAAAGCAGAACAAUCUCAGGAUGCAGACUCUGAAGUAUUAAAUGGUGAAAAUGAGAAAACAACAAAUGUUUCUGAACUGUUAGAAGUUAAAAACAAAAAAAUAAAGUUUGAAAAAAAUGGCAUUGAAUGUUUGGUAAAUGGUAACGUCGAAAAUAUAAAUAAUGCCAAUUCUGCAAAGGACUGCCCUAAAAGUCUGACCUCAGAUCCAGAAAAUUCUCUUAAUGGCUUUACAGAAGAUUCCAACAGUGAACUAAACAGCAGCGGAAACUCUGUUUGUUCUGACAGUAUGAACAACAAAAAACAUGAUAAAGAAGUGGAUAUCACCGCCACAGUUGGCUCAACACAUCAUAAAGCAAGCAAGAAAUCCUUACCAGGUCUUUUUCGGUGCUAUUCUUGUUACCGUCUCUUUAACACGAUACCAGAAAUUAGAGAUCACCUUCAGACUCAUGCUGGUGAUGGUGAUGGUGAAAUGUUUUGGUGCGGCGAUUGCAACAUGCACUUCUCCUUGAAGAAUAACUGGAUACGGCAUCUGAAGACACAUCGCACGGAGGACAAGGAACUGUCAGAUGACUCCAGUGAUGAAGAAGAUGUGGCAGAAAACACGACAAAAAGUACCGAAGCAGACAUUAGUCCCCUUGAUGCUGCAGAGGAUCAUUCCCUUUCGAAUUUCCCGCCAAAACUUGAUCGUCCUAAACCGGACAAACUUAAACGCGACCCAGAUUUGGCCACAUCAAAGAAACCUGAUGGUCACACACUACCAAGCAAACACCAUGCUGCAUCUGUAUUUAAGUGUGGAGUGUGUCCUGUCAAGACAGACAGCAAGGAGGCGAUUAUGGCCCAUGUGGCAGAGAUGCAUAAAAUAGACAGUAAAUUCCAGUGCCAGUACUGUGGAAAGGACUUCCUGUCCCUGCCUAAUAUGAAAAAACAUGUCCGCUUUCAUCUAGGCUACAGAGCAACGUGUAGAGAGUGUAGUGAGACCUUCAGUAACGUUGGUUCCCUCCGAAAGCAUACGCGUGUUAACCAUCCUGAGGUGUACAGGGCUAGACUAGUUGAACGCCUAGAAAAAUACGGAGUUUUGCGUGGGCCGGAUAAAAACGCACUGAAGAAAAAGGUUAUUGAAAAAGUGAAGAAGAAAAAGGCAAUUGUAAAACACAUAAAGGAUAGUGAAGUAAGUGAGAAUUCUUUGAUAAGUUCUGAAAAUAGCAACGCAAAAUCACAGUCUGAGGAGAAAGACUGUGGAAAAGGUGCAGGUGUUGAGGUUGAUGUUAAAUUUGCAGCAGAUGAAAUAGACGAGGGUGAAGGCCGUUUUAAGUUCUCAUGCACGGUAUGCAAGAAAAGGUUCAGCAGUUAUUUGCUUAUGUGCAGGCAUAGACGAAAGGUACACAACAACGAAACUAAGCAGAGACAUGAGCACUUAACAUACGAAACUAUCGUCAGGAGCGCAUCACCCAUUGUAGACAAUCCUGAAGAAAUUGCUGCAUUUUAUGCCAAUGUGUCCCACAAUAUUGCCACAAACUUAAAUUGUUAUAUUGACGGCAAAGCGGAGUCUCUUGAAAAGUUUGUUGAUCACAUAAAGGUGGAAGACUAUGUAGCGAAUUUCCAGUGUUGUGAAAAUGGAAGUUCAAAAGUAAAUUUUGAACAGUAUAAUUUUCCAAAGCAUUUUAUACCUUGUAAAACAAUAUCACUCACUGAAACUGAUACAAAUGUUAAUUUUCAUUGUACUUCAGCAGGUUCUCAAUCAUUGGAAUCGAGUAUUGAAGAAACAGCUGCGAAGGAAACUGUGAUUGAAAGUGAAAAGACUGCUUGUGUGGCUCACAAGAAGAAAGAAGAAACGAAAAGUUAUUGUAAAACGAUUGAUCCCAAAGUGAAUGAAAACAAGAUUGAUUUUAGAGAUAAAAUUGGUGUUAAUGAAGAACAAACAGUUAACAAAAGUGGAGUUAUAAGUAACAGUGAGGUAGAAACAAGAAAUAUCUGUGCUCUUGUGAAUCUUGGAUAUAGUCCUGACAACAGUAAUCUGCUAAAAAUGGGGAUUGCAUCAUACGGAAUGAAGGUUCUGUCGAAUCUCGUCAUGGCCAAAAAGACUGAGUCAAAGAACAAGGCUGCAACAAAUUACUACAAUCUGAAAAUAGCAAACGGCCAUAUGGUGAACAAUGAAUCUCCUGCAGCUAAAACUUUCCAUCAGGUGCAGCUGGGGGAGUAUGCUAAUUUCCAAGACGACCUUCUGGCAGUGGAUGCAGUCUGUCCGGUGAUCAAGAGAAAGAGGGAGCAGGGUAAUCAGCCCCUUGAGCUUGAUGAUGCAGCACUACAGGCAGAGUGUGUGCGACUGAACAAGUCUGCUCAGAAUGAGUUGGAAGCCUUGUACGCCGAAAUAGACAACCACCUUUCUGACGGCCCAGCAUCUGUUGCGUGUAACAGACCUGUGGAAACACUGUCAGCAAUGCAUUCUGCCCAUCCUCGAAGGCUCAGUCAGAUAUGUGAACAGGCUUUGGGCUUGUCCCCUAGAGUUCAACAGAGUGUCAGUGUUGAUCAUAAAAAUAAUGAGUCUAAUAGCACUGGUGCUGAUAGACUGUCCGAUGAUGAUGAACCAGCCUACCUUUUAAGGUGCCGUGUCAAUGGUUUCUUUAAGGAUCAGAAAGCAGACUUUUCUAAUGCUCCUUUUGAAAGUCCUUUUUACAACUAUGAAAGUAUUAUGUUUGGGAAGAACGGAGAUAUUGAGCAUGUUUGUGCUGUUUGCAAGAAACAUUUUCAGGACUUUGACGGUCUCUUACGUCAUCAUUGGAAGAAACAUCCUUAUGUCGAGUGUAGUUACAUCGAGGUAGAAACUGGGAAUGAGAUAGAGAACCUGCACUACUCAGAGCCUUCUUGUGUAGGUGCAUUGGCUAUCACUGAGCCAGGGUGGGACGAUGGACCUAAACAAGAAACAUUCAGAUGUUCCCAUUGCAAAGUUGUGUUCAAAUGUCAGUCAAAGCUGCAUACCCACAUUGUCCACUGCUCUCCCAUUGAUCCUCUGUAUGGAGUAAAUAAGCCUGAUAAAACUUCAGUGAAAACACCAUUGAAGAAAAAGAUCCAGAGGAAAAUACAGAGCAUGUUUGGAAAUGACAAUACUGCAAAGUCUAGGCUGGACUUUGAUGCAAUAUCAUUAGACUCAACCUCUAGUUCAAGAUCUAAAUCAUCAGGAUCACUCAAGAGAGUAUUCACUGGAAGUCGAAAACGAAUAUCAGUAAUUCUUCCUGACUCUCCUGAAAAGGAAAUUGUUGAACCUGUUUCAUCAGUGACACCUCAAAAGUCUGCAGAACCAGUUAUUACUGGUUACAAUCCGCACAGACACGUAAGAAGACGAGAACUGACAGAGCUAGUGGACCUUCUUACAUGUGAGGGUUGUGGUCUGAAAUGCAAAACAAUCAUACUUCUUGAGAGACAUGUGAGACACUGCACAAGGAAAGAGAAGUUUAAAACAAUUAAACCACUUGCUUGUCCAAUCAUUGAUGACUCAGAAGAUAAAACUAAAAAUGUGUGUUUCUAUUGUGAAAAGAGCUUCACUUACACCAAGAGUCUAGUCAAUCAUUUCCAGGACUUUUGUCCAGUUAAGAAAGCAAAACUGGACCAAGACACAAUAACUGAAAUGGACAGGCGAAGAGAGGCUGCAAUUCUGGACAGAAUACAAAAAAGUGAAGAUGAAAAACAAGCAUUGAAAGAGCGAGAGCUCGAAAACAACUCCAAGAGAAGAAUCACAUGGCAGGUUGGCAGAAAACCUAAAAGAAAGGGCAAUGCUUGGACUGCAGGUCGUAGGAAAAGCAGUCAGACAGAUGAGCAAUCUCCAGAGGCAGUGGAUAACAAUGAAGAUGGUGAUGAACUCUCUGAAAUUGUAUCCACUGAAAGUAGAAGUAAAUCUCUAAAUCAAGAUUUCAAGGCUGAACAAAGAGAUAAAGAAACAAAGCCCAUGGAUGAUGAGAAUGAAAUAAGUGCAGGGAUUUUGAAGGUUGAAAAAGAUGAAGAAGAAUUCGAUAAUGAUAAUGAAGAAAAUAUGGAUGACUCAGCUAAUACAAAUACAGAUUUAAAUAAUAUGUCUCUAAAUUGUACAGUCCGUUUUGCUGUUAAUAAGAUCAGAAAGGAAGAUCUGAAGAGUGUGCAAUCAAAUCUGUUUAGCAAAAAUCAUGGUAAUCUUUUGUUGCAAUGUGUUAUGGAUCAGAACAGUGAAAAAGACAACAGUGACGAAGUCCAGAGAAAAACGUAUAGGAAAAAUGAACCAGACUCCACAAGAAUAGUAGAAGGAAAGAGAAAACGUGAAAGAGUUGGAAAGGUUGAAGAAUUCCUGAAAAGUGCAUUCAGUCGAAAAAGAAAAAAGAAAGAUGAGUCACCAGUAAGUGAUUCUUCUGAUCAGCUUAAAGUUGAAAAGGUUCAAAUAAAUGAAGCUGAAAUAGAAGGUGUGGGCAAUGCUGACAAAGAUGAUCAUAUGGAUUCAAUAGGAAUGGACACAAAUGUUGAUCACAAAGUAAAGUCUGAACCUGACCAAAUAAAAUGUAAAAAGACAAGAGGCAGACCUAGAAAGAAUCCGCUGGACAAGAAAAAUGAUGAACAGACAGCAUCAGCAAAAUCACAAGUAGAUGAAGUUGAUGGUACCUCAACAAUAGAUGCAUGUGAGACAUCCACUAAUGGACAUGCCAGUAGACCAAAAGGUAAGAGAGGUAGACCAAAGGUUCAUAUUGAUUCAUCAGUUUCAACAAAACUACAAGUAAUCAGAAAUGAUUCAGAUGAGGACCAGGUUGUGCCUGAAUGUCAAGUUGAAACUGAGAGUUGCUCAGUUAAUGUGAAGCAAAAUAAUGAUUGUGAUAACAUCGGAACAGAAAGUGUAAUAAAUGUAACAGGUAAUGUCAGGAAUGUUACUUCUGAUAAAGGGGAUGGAAGUUAUUCUGCUGAAGUUGGAAGUAACUGUGAAAGUGAAGGCAACUAUACAAGUGAUGUUCAUAAAGUAGAUAAUAGUAUAAUUAAUAUUUGUGACAGAAGGGAAAGUCCUCACUUCCAAAUUAAAACUACGGUUGAUAAAAAUAAUGUUAUUUGCAAUACAGAAAUAAAUCUUCUGGAUUCUAGUUCUCAAAAUAAUGAGUACUUGGUAUUAAAAGAAAAUCAUGUUGAUGAAAAAAUAAUAAACGAAGAAGUGAUAAACAAACGUGUAACAGAAUAUUUUCACUAUGAAAGUUCAUUUGCUUUAAAUUCUGAAUAUGAAAAUCCUGAUGAUGAAGAUUGUCGAAGUGAUGUAACAAAAAGCACUGAGCCUUACACUGGGUCACGAGAAGUGUCUCCAGAGAAAGAAAUAGUAUCAUCAAACACUGAAGUAACUGUUCCAUUUCAUGUUUCAGAAUCAGACAAAAAUGCAGAGAGCAUGGUUGCCAUUGAAUUAGAUAUAAAUUCUAGUGAAAAAGCUGCAACAAUAUCUACAUAUGAUGGAAGCAAUACAAGUGCAGACAAUCAAUGCAGUAAUUUUGGAAACAAUGCAAGUGAUGACAAACAUGAAGUUUCUGAAACAUCUAGAAGGAACAGGAGAACAAAGGUCGAUGAAGUUUCUACAGAGGAAUCUGAUGUUGGGAGCACAAGUGCCAGCGAAUCCACAGAUAACAAUGAGGAUGAUCUUAGGUAUCCCUUGGUCCUUAGUCCUAGUGAAAGAGUGAAAAUGAACAAGCGGAGUUGUAAGAAAGAUGUCGACAUCACGUCACCAGUGUGGGUGAGACGAACACAGAAAACUGCAAAACAGAAACUAGAAAGUGAGAUUAUUGCCACCAGAAACAAAGUUCUGAACUCUGAUAGUAUAGUAGCAAAAGAAAGGAUUCUUGAACAGUUGAAAACUUUGUCAGCCGAAAGGGAUGCUCUGAACAGAAUGGCUCAGAGGGAAAGCAGUAUUGAACAAUUCAGUUCUGAUUCUGAAAGCGCAGAGAGGGUUAUGAAAGGGAAAAAGAGAAAGCAGUGUGAGGUUUCCACAGAAAAUGUGAAUGAACAAAGUUCAAAAAUUGCCAAGAAGGGAGACAGCAGUUCCUUGACUUCUAGAGUUAAAAAGUGAAAAUAAUGGCUUUUCCAGUACACAGUUAUGUAGAAAUUAAUUGCCAAUUAGUUUAUGGUAUUUAUUGGUAGUUGACUAGUUCAGUCUGAAAACUAAUAACAAUGGUUGUUCGUGUAUGUAGCUUAUUCAAGAAUCAAGGGUUUUAUUACAAAUCAUAUAUGAUACUAGUGAAUAAUAAAUUCAUAUUUUGCAUCAUUUGUGUAUGAUGUUUGCUUGUUUUAAGAUGCUGAUGGUGCUUUAGUAGUUGAGAUUUAAAUGAUACAUCAUUUAAGUAUGUACAUAGUUGUGAGACUUUUGCAUUUUGUUUUGUUGUUUUUGUAUAUAAUUACCAGUAAAAUUGCAUUUUAAGUCUCUUUGCUGUGAUUAAAAUUUGUGUACAUCAAUUGCUUUACAAUCAUAACAGAUUUAUCACUUACCAUUGAAAUAGUUGUUCAUUAAACUAACAAAACAUCUGACACCAAUUCAGUGCUUUCCACAGGCCAUUUAACAGUCCCUCGCUGUGGCGCUAACAUUUCAAAAUCAGAGUCUGCAGAGCGCCUAAAAUUUUCUGAUCAAGUGUAUUUUUGCAGUUUCUUCAACUAGCCUUUCUUAAGAACAAAGCAAUAUUGAGUUUGCCAAAAAUUGGAUCCUCUGCCAAUAACAUGUAUCGCUUUUCCCCAACUACGGCCCGCCUAUAGGUGGAGCCUCAUUGUAUUGGAAAAUCAAUAAUUGCCAAUGAGAGCACACGCUUUGUAUGAGCGACAACACGCGUAUGCAGGCAAUAACUGCAGUUAAAUCAUGCAGGCGACUCGUGACGUACAUGUACUUGCCACUGAAAUCUUGGCCAGUAACUUAGAAGACUGAUGAUGGCAACUGGUUGUAAUCUGCGUUGAAAUUGUGCCUUUCAUGCAUAAUACUGUCAAAACAUUUACACGUCUCGUUAAGUGUUUUAACAAAUUUCGUUAAAUUCAUUAUGCAACUAUUAGUACUUUGUUAAAAUCUCAAAUGUGCAUAAUACAUUUUGUAAUCUGAAACCCAUUCCUGAAUGAAAAUGUUAAUGCGUUUGUAAUCCGAAAUGAACAAAUUCAGACUUCAAAGAAAAAGGGCUAAUUUAUUUCGUUUCGGUCUUUUGUUUCAAUAGAAAGGGGGCGAAAAGAAUGCAGCAUCUACAAGGUGGCGUUAUUUGCAUGGAAAGCAUGGGUGUAAUGAUUGUUGUUUAAACAUGCACGCAUCACAUCAGGUGAUUCACUCAUGUUAGUGAGAAUAUUAAAUCAAAUCUUAAAAUAGUCACUUAUGCCAAAAUUCAUAUGAUACAUAAGAAAUGGCAAUAUUUAUGUUUAUGAAUAUCUUGAGAAAUUUUCUCGUCAAUAUUAACCAGAGUUUGCUUUUAAAAAUGGAAUAUACAAGACUAUCGGGUAAUGCAUAGAAACAGAAAAAGUAGUAAGUAUGCAGUAAUAAGAGUCUGGUGGAUGCGGAUGUAAAGGGGAGUUCAGAUUAUUUAUCUAUAUGGGAAAGGUUUAAAACAACAACAAUUUAAAAAUGCUUCUUUAUUAUUUUAUAGCUGUGUUUUUUUCUUGAAUAGUUAAAGCGCACCAAAUAACGUCAUUUGACACAUAAAAUGUACCAAAACAAGUAUGGAUGGGACAGACAUCCCUAACCCACACCAUCAUCCGCGGGCCCUCUGCAAAAAAUUCCUGCGGAAAGCACUUCACUAAUUAUCAUGUUAAUUUUUUUCAUGAACUUAUGUCGCAUUUUGUUUUGUUAGAUUUCACUUUGCUACCGCUAUAUCGUCGAUGUUGCUUUAAUAUACCCUUGUAUAUACAUGUAGUGUGUAAUUUGUUAAUUUAACUGUGUUUUCACAAUGAAUUUCAUUUAUUAUUUACUAUUUUUGUGGUGAAUUACGCAUAUUUCAUAGGUGAAGACACAAUAAAAAGUCAUGUCAUUCCAUUAUGAAAGCCAAGUUGGUAAUUAAAUUUGUCAUAUUGAUAGUGUGUUUUAAAUAUUUGAGACAAUUCAAGUGUGAUUAUUUUGUUAAUUGUUUAAAUAAAAAAUAUUUAUAUGUUUAUUUUGUGUUGAUUGUAAGUAUUAAAUGUUUAAAAUGUAAAACAAAUAUGUGUAAUCACAUAUGAGCUGCGUAAUUCAAAAAUGUAUUUGAUUCCAUAGGCUAUUAGCAGUUGGGCAGUCUGGUCAAGAGCUCAACUGUUUGCUAUAAAGUCAUGUGUUAAGUUUCAUGGUCCAUUAGUGGACAGGUUAGAUCAGUUUAAUAGUUUUCAGCUGUACAGACAGAAAAUCCAGGGCCCAUAGUCGCAAAGCUACUAAGGUAAAACUAGGAAAAUCCUUUAAUAAAUAAAAUUCCUUUAAGUUUCUGGCUCUCAAAUUCUAUGUCUAGGCAUUUUUCAAACAAAACAACAACAAAAACAAGAAGUAAAUAUUUAUGCAAUUACUUAUUGUCCCCUACCGGUUUCACCGGAGGGGACUUAUGGUUUGCGCUCUGUCUGUCUGUAAGUCACAAUUUUCUGGAUCCUGCGAUAACUUUAAAAGUUCUUAAUAUUUCUUCAUGAAACUUGAAACAUGGAUAGAUGGCAAUAUGGACAUUAUGCACGUCAUUUCAUUUUGUUCCUACGUCAAAAAUUAUGGUUGCUAUGGCAACAAAUAGACUAGAAAUACUGCUGAAAAUGGUGGUUUUCUGGAUCCUGCAAUAACUUAGUUCUUAAUAUUUUUUCAUGAAACUUGAAAAAUGGAUAGAUGGCAAUAUGGACAUUAUGCACGUCAUUUCAUUUUGUUCCUACAUCAAAAAUUCUGGUUGCUAUCGCAACAAAAAAAAUAAGAAAAUUCUGACAAUGGUGGAAUUUCUGACAAUGGUGGAGCCAGUAGGGGACUAUAUUGCUUGGCAAUAGUCUUGUUUCCUCUAUUGUUUUCAUGAUCAGAAAUCAUCAGAUGUCUUGUAGAAUAUUUUUUAUGAAAUUUUCACUUAAACACAUCUUAUUAAGUUUCCCUUAGGAGCUGUGUUAACAUGGGCCCUACAUGUUUAUUUAUUAAGCCAGUUCGUUUAAGUUACAUACAACACGUACAAUACUAUAAAUGAGUCAACACUUUUUCUUACUACCGGUAUUAUUUUAAAAGAUAUUUAAGUCUUCCUUUCGCAAAAUGUUUAUCUGCUUUUAGGCUUAAUUGCCACUUUCAUCUGCUUUCUUUGUAAAGAAUUAAAAUGGAAUUUCUUAAGUAUGCAUUUAAAGGGUUUUAUACAUCUAUGUAAGUUAUGUUUAUGAAUCAUACAUAAAAAUGUACUGUUUAGUUUUUUUCCUAAAACUUGAGGUGAAAUAUUGGAAAUUUCAAUUUCGCAGAUUCAUGUAACUCUUAACGAUAUAAUGUCAGUCAUUUACAUUGUUGUUUAUUCAUCUUAUUUUUGUUAUGUUCGUUGUGUUCAUAAUCUGUAACUGUUUUCAAUGCCUGUUUAUGCAUUUAUAUUUUACUUAUGGUGAUUCUGGAAUGAACUUAUUUACGUGUUUAUUAAUAUGAAACCUGGGUGUAAUUAAUAUUAUAGAAGUAUGGUGGGAAGUUGAUGUAAAUGAAUUUAAUUUAAAGAUUUAUUUACAUAAAGGAGGUGAUUAUCUAAAAAGAAAGAACAUUUGGUGAUCAUGUUUUGAACUUGUUUAAUUUGCAUCUUGCCGUUUUUAAAUGCUUUAUAUAAAUAAGAUCUUCCUGUAAUGUCUCCGUUUUGUUACCUGAUGUUUGUUAUCAAUCCUUGUUCAUAUUUAUUUUGUUUAACACUACUACUGUACCUAUUAUUUAUACACAUUUAUGCAACAAAUUUGUUUUGGAAGGAAUAAAUAUGUGGAAUCCAUUAUGGAGGAUAUUUGAAUUAAACAUAUUUUAUGACA